AUGAUACCUCCCACCUCUACUUCUUCAUCACCAUCUCGAAGCAACCCGAAACGGCGUCGACUGAACCCUCCAGAUCCCAAAUCACCGAGAACGCGGUCGGAAAAACGAGCACAACAGGAACAAGAUCCUGAAAUUCCUAGUUCCGGCCGCCAACACACCCGAGCCCAGUCGCUCUACUCCCAUUCCGCAGAGCCAUCGGAGAUUGAGCAAAAGAGCACUCUUGAGAGCGCCAACCUCAGAAUCAUCAAUUACACACCUCAGAACCGUGGAAAUCAUGAGAACCUUGUACAGAGGUCAUUACAGGUGUUCCUUGAUCGCCUCCCGGAUGCCAGCCGGAGUGCCAUUGCGAAGGAUAUUAUCCGCCUAGAAGACGACAAUGGCAUCUAUAGAUACUUUCGCAACCUGUACUCCGGUCUAAGAACACGGAGUGAGUUCUCAUGGACAAGUUCAAAGAAGCUCUGGCUAGCAAGCUCACUGGGAAUAGUGCGAUCUCGAUCCAAGCCGCCUUCGGUCUCAAGUUCCCCGACUGAGCGGAUUUUGACAACUUUGCACCAGCCUAUGCCCCGUAUAAAGGAAUUCAAAGAAGGAUUGCUUCAACGCGAUGGAUACCACUGGGUCGUGACUGGGGACAUGGACUGUAAUCACUGGGAAAGUCUCGAUUGUCCGUCCGCAAGACAUUACGAAUAUGAGCACAACAGAAGCGGCGCACACCAUCCCCUUUUCGAGGCUCUCUGGCGCUGUUUCCCUAGUAUUAGGGCUAUCAACUUCAACCACGAGAACAUCAAUAGUCUAUGCAAUGAUCUUACGCUUACGAACUGGGUUCAUGAACGCUUUGGCGCAUUCCGAAUCGCCUUUGAAUGCACCGAUGUCGAGAACAAAUACAAAGUCCACACAUUCAAAGGGAUCGGCAAUAAGUACAAGGCGCUCCUUCCGCCGGAGGUUCGUUUCAUAAGCAAUGAUACGGGAUCGAAGUUUGCCAAGUCCUAUCCUGCUCGAUUGUCACUUCCGGGUGGCCAAGAUCCUGAAUGCGUCUGGAAUGGCAGCAGCAUUUGA